UUUUUCCGCCCAUUACAGUUUUUGUGUUCACACUGCUUUCAGGGCUGGGUCCCUGACAGCUGAUGUGAUAUUUUAGGGGAAAAAGCUCUUAUUUUAAACAAAUACAAGUCAAAGCCUUAGAGAAAACCUUUUCGUUACUCCAGUGGAUGUAAUAAAGGACUAAACAUGACUGCCAUCAAGCACGCCCUUCAGAGGGAUAUUUUCACUCCCAAUGAUGAGCGCCUGUUGAGCAUCGUCAAUGUCUGUAAAGCAGGGAAGAAGAAGAAGAAUUGUUUUCUAUGUGCCACCGUGACUACAGAGCGUCCAGUGCAGGUAAAGGUGGUGAAAGUGAAGAAGUCAGAUAAAGGAGAUUUCUAUAAGAGACAGAUGGCUUGGGAACUACGAGACCUGACAGAGGUUGAUGCUAAAGAUGCCAAUAAGGAAAACCCAGAGUUUGACCUGCAUUUUGAGAAGGUUUAUCGUUGGGUGGCGAGCAGCACUGCAGAGAAGAAUUCCUUUAUCUCUUGUAUCUGGAAGCUGAACCAGCGUUACCUUCGCAAGAAAGUGGAGUUUGUAAACGUCAGCCCUCAGCUGCUGGAAGAGCUUCCUAAAGCUGAAGAGUCGGUCCCGAGUGGUGAGAGUCAGAGUGUUGCAGGUGGAGAUGAAGACGCUCUCGAUGAUUAUCAGGAGCUGAACGCUCGUGAGGAGCAGGACAUUGAGGGCAUGAUGGAGGUCUGCGAAUACGCCAUUUCCAACGCUGAGGCUUUUGCUGAGAAACUGUCCCGUGAGCUACAGGUCUUAGAUGGGGCUAACAUCCAGUCCAUCAUGGCGUCUGAGAAGCAGGUGAACACCCUGAUGCAGCUGCUGGACCAGGCUCUGGCUGAGGUGGACACCAUUGAGGGGAAGUUGCUCAGUUAUGAGGAGAUGCUGCAGAGUGUGAAGGAGCAGAUGGAUCAGAUCUCACAGAGCAACCGUCUCAUCCAAAUCAGUAACACCAACAAUGGCAAACUGCUGGAUGAGAUUCAGUUCCUAGUGAACUACAUGGACCUAUCAAAAGGUCACAUCAAGGCCUUGCAAGAAGGAGAUUUGUCCUCUCCUAAGGGUAUCGAGGCCUGUAUCAACGCUUCUGAGGCUCUUUCACAGUGCAUGAAUGUUGCUCUCAAACCAGGCCACGAUAAGCUGAUGGCAAUCAAGCAGCAGCAGCAUCUGUUUUCAGAGCUCAGAGAUACUUUUGCCCGACGUCUCACCAACCACCUCAACAACGUGUUUGUGCACCAGUUCAACCACUUCAGUCACUUCAAAAUGACCAUCCCUCAGUUCUAUAGGUCGUCCUGUCUGUCACUCCCUGGCCAUGAUCAGAGCUCCACACUUGCCCAGCACACCGCUGAGCUGACACUGCCCAAACACAGCCCUCUGCACAGAGACCUGCUGCGAUACGCCAAACUCAUGGAGUGGCUGAAGAACACACAGAGAGAGAAAUAUGAGGGUCUCUCCAGGACUUAUAUGGAUUACAUGACCCGGCUGUAUGAGCGCGAAAUCAAGGACUUUUUUGAAGUGGCGAAGAUCAAAAUGGCAGGCACUAGUAAGGAUGGGAAAGGAAAAUUUGCCACGCUUCCUCGGAAAGAGAGUGCUCUCAAACAGGAGACAGAGAGUCUUCACGGGAGCUCAGGAAAGCUCACUGGCUCCACCUCAAGCCUGAAUAAACUUGCAGUGAGCAGCUCCAACAGUAGACGCUCUCAAUCAUCUUCUCUGCUUGAUAUGGGCAACAUGUCCGCCUCUGACCUGGACGUAGCGGACAGGACCAGGUUUGAUAAGAUCUUUGAGCAAGUUUUGAGUGAACUGGAGCCGUUGUGUCUGGCUGAACAAGACUUUAUUAGCAAGUUCUUCAAGCUGCAGCAAAUUCCUACACUAGCUCAGGGAGAGAAUAUGGAUGAUUCUGAUGGACUGAUGCACUCCAGACCCGUCAGUGAACACAGACAUUCAAUAUCUGAGAAGGACAUGGUUCGGAUGAUGAUGAACAAGAUAUUUCAGAGUAUUGAGACAGAGCUGAACAGUCUGAUAGCUUUAGGUGAUAAAAUAGACAGCUUUAACUCGCUCUACAUGCUGGUGAAGAUGAGUCACCACGUCUGGACAGCAGAAAAUGUGGAUCCCGCCUCAUAUCUCAGCACAACCCUGGGCAACGUGCUGGUCACUGUCAAGAGAAACUUUGAUAAAUGCAUUUCAGGCCAAAUUCGUCAGAUGGAAGAGGUGAAGAUUUCUAAGAAAAGUAAAGUGGGCAUCCUGCCAUUUGUCACUGGCUUUGAGGAGUUCGCAAAGCUGGCUGAGGCUAUUUUCCGAAACGCAGAGCGACGGGGUGAUCUAGACAAGGCCUACAUCAAACUGAUGAGAGCUGUGUUUAAUAACGUGGAGAAAGUGGCCAAUGAGAGCCAGAAGACUCCACGUGAUGUGGUGAUGAUGGAGAACUUUCACCACAUCUUCUCAACACUGUCCAGCCUUAAGAUCUCUUGUCUGGAGGCAGAGAGAAAGGAGGCCAAGCAGAAAUACACCGAACACCUGCAGUCCUACGUCAUCAACUCCCUUGGUCAACCACUGGAGAAACUCAAUCAUUUCUUUGAGGGUGUGGAAGCGCGCGUCGCUCAGGGAGUGCGUGAGGAGGAAGUGAGCUACCAGCUGGCCUUCAAUAAACAGGAACUGCGAAAGGUUAUUAAAGAAUAUCCUGGAAAGGAGGUGAAAAAGGGCCUGGAUAAUCUCUACAGGAAAGUGGACAAGCACCUGUGCGAGGAGGAGAGUCUGUUACAGGUUGUAUGGCACUCCAUGCAGGACGAGUUCAUUCGGCAGUACAAGCAUUUUGAGGGCCUGAUAAACCGCUGCUAUCCAGGGUCUGGAAUCACCAUGGAGUUUACCAUUCAAGACAUGCUGGAGUACUUCUCCAGUAUCGCUCAGUCUCAUUAAAACAGGAAGCUGAAUCAUAGUGAGACUGUGUGAGAAUGAGAGCAUAAGAACGAGUGCGCACUUUGUACAUACAUGACAGUGCAGGUUUGCUUGUUAUGUGUCAUUUAAGGGAAUUAACACUGGAACCCUGUUUCAUUUGUAACAUUAAGAUUCAACUUUACGUGUCACUGAUUUCAUGAGUUUUGUUGAAAACCAGCAUUUCUUUCUGUCACUUUUAUAUAGUGAAUCGCAGACGACUGAACGCUCGCAUUAUUUCUACACAACAACACUAAAAAUCUUUCAUGCGCUUGAAUGAUUACGAGUACACAUGUAAAAGAAACUACAAAAUAAAGGACCUGGAGUCACAUAAGGAAUAAAGCAUACUUUUGAAAGAUCA